AACCAAUAGGAACGAAGCUGAGCGGUAAGUGGGCGGGGUUUCCCCUCUGCACGGACCAUCAGUUGUUUAAAAUGUCUCCCUAACAACCGGACUGGGAGUCAAACAACAGAAGUUUUCGCUGGACAAAGGCCUCCAGGAGUCGGAAUGGCUGGGACUGGCGAGGGAAAGAAAGAGGAGGCCGACUACAAGAGACUGCACAGCUUCCCUCUCAUCAGGCACACAGACAUGCCAGAGGAAAUGAGGGUGGAAACCAUGGAGCUUUGUGUUACAGCCUGCGAAAAGUUUGCCACCAACAAUGAGAGUGCAGCGAAGAUGAUCAAAGAAUCCAUGGACAAGAAAUUUGGCAGCUCGUGGCACGUGGUGAUCGGCGAAGGCUUCGGCUUCGAGGUCACACAUGAAGUGAAGAACUUGCUCUACAUGUUCUUUGGAGGGAGUCUGGCAGUGUGUGUGUGGAAGUGUUCAUAGCACCUCCUCGUUGUGCCUCCUCCCCUCUGAUGUGGUCACGGGGCUGGGAAUAAACACCAGCUACCAGCCAAACGCUGGUUACACUUUUGUUACAGCAGGUUAGUUUGUCCACACUACCAGCCACUGUGGCAAAUAAUGAACCGUCAUUAUGGAGAUCUGGUCCAGUUUAAAGAUGUAGUUGGCAGGAAAAUAUGUUCGAAAGGGAAGUUUGAGUGCGGCACUAACUUUGGCUGGUAGGCAUAAAAAUAGCUUUCUGCCUCGUCUGUCACUUUACUUUUUCUCUUUGUUUUCUACUCUCCGUCCGUCUCUGAAGCUGUAUCCAUGGUCCUAAACAUUUGUGAGUGUGCAUGUGCAAGUAUGUAAGCUCAACUUUUACAAACAAUACAGCCAGCCAGGGUCUCCAAAGUCCUUUAUCCUCAUUCCUCUUCAGGGAGCGCGUGUAUGUGCGAGUGAGUUUAUACGUUUGUGUGUGCUGGACACACACUGUUUUUUGAAGUAACAUUUCAUUGUCACUUUCCAUCAGCGGUUUGUGCAACAGCACACUGUCCACGCCAUCUGAAACUUUUCACACGUGUCUUUCUCUCUUUCUCUCCAACCGCACUAGUCUUUCAAUAAAAUUUUUAAUAUUUUUUAUGUGUACAUAUUUUGAUGCGACUUGAAAAACUUCUUUUUAAAGACCUGUGUCAUCUUCUUACAACCAAAGGCUCAGUAUCUCCUGAGCCAAACAACACUAAACCCGAUCCACCUUUUCUCCCUGUAAAGGUGUUUGUAAUAAUCCCUAAUAAUAUCUCCCCGCUGGGUGAUGUUAGCAAUGUGAUUGUUUGUCAUGUUGAUGCCAGUUUUAAUGAUCCAGUGCAAUGGAUCAUUUUGUGUGAAUUGACCUGAUUAUACAAUAAACUCUGAAAUGUGGUGAAAUAG